UUGAGCGUUUUGCUUUCUUUCCACGUGAUUGUGUGUGUGUGUGUGUGUGUGUGUGUGUUUUGCGACGUCAACGUUCGAAAAUGGGUGACAGAUACAACAUACAUAGUCAACUAGAACAUUUACAGUCGAAGUACAUCGGUACGGGCCAUGCAGACAGUGGAAGAUUCGAGUGGGUAGUGAAUCAACAUAGAGACAGUGGAGCGUCGUGUAUAGGCCAUUUCGAUUUACUCAAUCUGUUCAGCAUUGCCGAAAACGAAGCCAAAGCAAGAAUCAGAUUUAAUAUUACCGAAAAGAUGCUCCAGCCAUGUGGACCUCCUCGUGAGAAGCCAGAAGAUUAAACCUGUUAACUAUAACUUAUGGUUGAAGUUUUCCUUGGUAGUCCCAAUGGCCGCGCUUCUGUUACCUUAGGUUGGUUAGGUUAAGUUAACUACAUUUUUAGUAGACAGAAGAAAGGAAUACCUAAAAAGAAAAAAG